ACAAACAAUUCCAUCCCUUCGAGCCCGAAGCACACAACCCAAACAUUGCAAUCAGGUAUAAGUAUCUCUCUUCCUCCAUGGUAAGCAAACUUCUCUCUCCCUUCAAUUCACACAGGUUUUCGAAGCAAUUUCUUCGCACACGCAAAUCUGCCAAUACGCACUUCACUGCAUCACGAUAGCGCAGAACAAUCAACACAACCCAACCCCCAACCAAACCCGAUUCAGUUAUAGGAAGACACAAUGUCAUCAAAGACACCACGAAUUGCCAUCAUUGGUGCUGGCCCCGCAGGCCUCACGCUCGCCAGCCUCCUCACCCACAACUCAAUUCCCUACAUGCUCUUCGACCUCCGUCCUCCUCCCACCAACGCAUCAUCCACCUCACCCCUUGUACCAUCCGGCUCUUUAGAUCUCCAUGCCGAAUCAGGACUCCUGGCCCUCGAGAAUUGCGGCUUACUGGACAAGCUCCAAGCCUUGAACCGUGCGGGAAGUGAGGAAUGCAUUAUAACAGACAAGACCGGGGAAGUGAAGUAUAGCGAUGAUGGGCAGGGUGGUCAGCGGCCGGAGAUCGCAAGGAAUGAUUUAACACAUCUUCUGCUCUCUUCAAUCCCGGAGCAGAAUGUAAAAUGGAAUCACAAGCUGCUCCUUUGCGAUAGAUCAGAGGGGAACGGUGAAGCGAUCGAAAAAGGGGAGGAUUUUGACGUGGUGAUAGGGGCCGACGGCGCGUGGUCCAGAACCCGCCUUCUUCUCACGACCGAGAAACCGCACUUCAGCACCGUGUCAUGUAUAACGCUCACCAUCCCUUCUAUAUCCACAACCUAUCCCCAGCUAGCAGCCAUGAUUGGGAACGGCUCUUUCUACGCCCCAAGCGACCGAAAAGCCGUUAUUGCGCAGAGAGGGUCAUUGGAUUCAGCGCGCGUCUACUGUAUGCUAUCGGCCCCCUCCGAAUCCUACCUGGUGGCCUCCGGCCUCUCAUCCGCAACCAUCCUCCCUUCUCGCCUGAAGAAAAUGCUCCUAGAAAAUGAAGGCCUCUUCGCACACUGGGGUCAAGGCAUCAAGUCCCUCCUCGCUGCGGGCUGUGACUCCGGGGUGGAAAUCAGCGCAAACCCACUCUUUAUGUUCCCCAUCGGUUUCAGCUGGCAGCACGUCCCAGGAGCCACCGUGAUAGGCGAUGCAGCGCACCUGAUGACGCCGUUCGCUGGUGAGGGAGUCAAUUGCGCUAUGCUCGAUGCUUUCGAGCUUUCGAAGGGGCUAGUCUCUGCUGUGAAGAGUGGGGGCGCAGUCGAGGCUUUGGAUGAGCAGCUGGAGAUGUUUGAAAACGUCAUGUGGAAGAGGAUGAGGCCGGUUUCCGAAGAGACGUGGGAUAAUCUGCAGGUUAUCUUCGCCGAGGACGCGCCAGGUGGGUUUGUGAGGGUUAUGGAGAGUCAUGGGCCGCCUCCUGAAGAGGAGGCGUAG